GGAAAGGAAAAUUCUGGCGAUUUGCUUUGUGCUUCUUCCUUGACCGCGUUGAUACUCUUCUGAAACGUGGGAUAUUUUUUCGCGAGUAGUUAAUUUAAAUGUAUUAUUUUACAUUUUCUUAACGCUGUAAAAUUAAAUACCGAAAUAAGAAACAAUCAUGGCCCGUGGUCCCAAGAAGCAUUUGAAGCGUCUUAAUGCUCCGAAAUCAUGGAUGUUGGACAAAUUGGGAGGUGUGUUCGCACCUCGCCCCAGCACCGGUCCCCACAAACUUCGUGAAUCCUUACCUUUGGUUAUCUUUUUGAGAAAUCGUUUGAAAUUCGCCCUCAAUGGACAAGAAGUUAAGAAAAUCUUGAUGCAGCGUUUGGUCAAAGUUGACGGAAAAGUUCGUACUGAUAACAACUUCCCUACUGGAUUUAUGGAUGUCGUGUCCAUCUCUCGUAUCGGUUCACAUUUCAGAAUGAUUUACGAUGUUAAAGGACGUUUCACUGUUCAUCGUAUUUCUGCCGAAGAAGCUAAAUAUAAAUUGUGCAAAGUCAAGAAAGUGCAAACUGGACCUAAGAACGUUCCAUUCUUGACCACUCACGACGGCCGUACUAUUCGCUACCCGGAUCCCGCUGUCAAAGUCAACGACACGGUUCAAUUUGAAAUCGCUACGUCUAAAAUUUUAGAUCAUAUUAAAUUCGAACCAGGUAAUUUAUGUAUGAUCACUGGAGGUCGUAAUUUAGGGCGUGUUGGAACAGUCGUAAACCGUGAAAGACAUCCCGGAUCUUUCGAUAUUGUCCACAUCAAGGAUGCUACCGGACACGUUUUCGCUACUAGGUUACACAAUGUAUUCAUCAUCGGAAAAGGAACCAAAACCUACGUUUCGCUUCCCAAAGGCAAAGGUGUUAAAUUAUCCAUCGCUGAAGAAAGAGAUCAACGAUUGGCCAACAAAGCUAAAUCUAUCGCUAAACGUUAAUGGGAAAUCCAUGAUUUUAAUUGUAUACUUUUUAUAAAUAAAUCUGUUGACCCAUGGAUGUACCUUAA